AUGAUGGCUGAAAACAAUAUUAAUUCGACACCAGAGUUGGUACAUGUUGCUGAUUUGGCACAUGCUCGAGCACAAGAACUGCAGUCACUUCUCGAUGAACUUGGCCACCGACAAGAUAAACAUCGAACCGCUCUUCAAAUUCUUCCACGUUAUAUGCGACGUCGCGCGGCUAGUUAUAAUAUUAAACGUUUACCACGUUCCCUUCGUCCUUUAGCUGACCCUAAGACGGGUACAGCUAAAACCAAACGACCGUCUCGUCGUUAUCGUCGUCGACCACGAGAUUUACUUUCAUCGUACACGAAUCGUCAACGACAAACUAAAUGGCUUAAAACUCAUAUAUGGCAUGCAAAACGUUUUCAUAUGAAUACAUUAUGGAACUAUCGUCUUCCUGAAAAAUCAAAUACAAAAUCGAUUCGACCAACAUAUAAAUCAUUACGUGAACGAUGUUUACUUCAUGAUAUGUCCUACUAUGGAUGCAUUCAAUUAGAAGGUAGUGAAGAAGAAAUUCUUGAGAAGAUCAAGCCACUUUUCCCAUCAUCAAAUAAUAAUCUAACACCAAGAGCUAAAAUGUAUCUUACUGGACAAUUUGAAGGGCAAUGUUUGAUAUAUAAACCUAAUACAGAAGAGUGUUUAACACCCAUUAGCUUUAUGUGGAUGCCACCAAAUAAUCAACAACGUAAACUUUGGCUAUGGUGUCAUCCAGCAUCGUAUGAUUUCCUUGCACGCAUACUUAUUUCACUAUUUGGUACUUCGUCAUCCAUAUCAACGGAAGAACCACCUGUAAAAAAACAAAAAAACGACGGAGAACAACAACAAAAACAACUACUACCAGUAACUGUUACUUUAUUACGAGAUCAACAACAGUUAGCUCGAUUUCGUUUAAUUGGUCCACUUGCAAUGGCUAUUCUUAAACAUGCGCUUCAUCCAAGCAUCUUACCCGGUAAUGCUAUUGAGAGAAAGACGGCACCAUUUUCUUGGUGGUCAAAUCAAGCUCAUGCAACUGAUAUACAUCAAAAACAACUUCAAUUUUGGAAUAGUAAUGCUGGUAACACAUCGACAAUGAUGCCAAAUCGAAUUGUUUCACUGGUGGUACGUGAUCCACGUGUCUUUACACCAAUUAAACCAAAAUUAACUAUUCAUUCGAAAACAAAUAUUGAAAAAAUGGAAUCAUUUCCACCGUCAUCAAUUGAUCUUGCUAGUUCACCAUUAUGGAAUGAAAAAUAUCGUACAUAUUGUUGUGAACAUAAAUUAGCAACCUAUCAAAUCAACCUUAUUCGAUCAAAAUCAACAGUUGAUAAUAAUGAAUUAAAAUUAAAUGAAGAAGAAUCACAAAUACCAAUUAUACUUAUUCAUCAUUAUGAUCUUUUAUCACCCGUAUCAAAACAGCGAGAGAAUAGAAAUGAUUUCGGCAGUGGGUGGGAUAUCAUUUUACCUAAUGAAUGGGCACAACUAUUUUGGAUUUCACUUGUUUAUAGUGGUGCAAGACCAAUUGGCCAAAAAGAACUUUCAUUCAUUGCCCAUGAAACUGGAGAAUUUCUAUUUCCACAAGAAUAUCCAGAUACAGAUGCCGGUGUUAGUUGGACAUCAAAAAUUGAAUCUGAACAAUUGACAUAUUUUUCUAAAUGUCCACCUUCGAAACGGCCAAAUUUUUUUCUUAAUGGUAUCACUAGCCCAUUUCGUCCACUAUGGGCAAAUAUUGUACAUGAUUGGGCAAUGGAACGUGAUCCUUCAAGCACUGUGAUAGAUUCUCAUCGAUUUUAUGUUUUACGUGAUCGACGUCAUCUUUCGUUAGAUAAUUUUCGAGCACAUUUACAUUCACUGGUGCCAAUUCGUAUUAGUAUUAAAGGAAAAAAAGGUGUUAUUGAUAGUUCAACAUUAAUCUAUUUGCCUUCUAUGGAUGAUUUAAAGGAUAAUAGAAAGACAAUCGUCGAAUCUCGACAUAGUGAUCAAGCUCGAAUAGAAGAACGCAAAAUGAAAAAAGCUAAACAAUCUUAUCAAAAAGGUAAAACCAUGGUUAAAUUACUUGAACAGCGAGCAAAUAAUCGUGAACGAUCUAUUAUUCAUGAUUGUGAUCGAAAAUUAUUAGGUGCGAUUACAAGUGGUGCAUAUCAAUUUUCGAAAGCAUGUUGUACAGGAAAAGGUUUUAUAGCUAUGGGUGGUUUGAUAAUUCUGUCAGAACAGCAAAAACAAAAGAAUGCCAAGAAACAAUCUCUACAAGUUUUAAUACGAACAAUGAAAUCACAAUACUAUCGAUGGGCAUCAUUAGAAUUUUAA